AAAUUUUGCAAGUAAACAAUAGUAUGCGACGCCUACAUGUUGUUAUCAGCGUAAUUACCAUAUUGACAUAUAUUUAAGUACCAAAAAUAUUGAUAUAGACAUGACUAAUCUUUACUUGGUUAUACCGUUAAAACCGAAUUGCAUGGAAACUAACCUUGCUUUGUUAUUUCUCAAUAUUCUAAAAUGAUUUCAGUAAGUUUGGUGUUGUUAUUGCUGUGUGGAUUCAUAAAUUGUGAAAAUAUUUUGGCAAUGUUUCCUGUGCCGUCGUAUAGUCAUUACACAUUAGGCUUUAAUUUGGUGACUGAAUUAUUACAAAAAGGUCAUCAUGUGACGUUGGUGAGUCCUUAUGAUUUAAAAAAGCCAUUGGAAAACUGUACAGCCAUAAAGACAGACUAUAAAUUUAAUAAUGAAGAUGAUUCACCGAUUAAAAUAUUUAUGGAACAUGGAGUACCUCCAAUGCAUGAAUGGCACUUAGAAAGUACCGGAUAUAAGAUGGUAAUAGCAAAGAGCGUAUUCCAAAGCAAGCGAAUAAAAAAAUCACUGUUCGAAUCUAACCGUACAUUUGACUUGAUAAUUUAUGACCAUUUUGCUGGAAACAUAUAUACUGCCCUAGGACACCUAUUCAAAUGUCCAGUCGUUCUACUCAUACCUAAUUCCGCCUCAGUUUAUGACAACUACAUAUUUGGAAACCCUGAGCCAGUCUCUUAUAUACCGCAAUUAGGUACUAUGUUAAGUCAGGGUAUGGGUACAACAGAUGUAGUACUUAAUAUUUGGUACCGUUUAUUAUUUUACUACUAUGAAUUUUUUCAUUUUAUACCAAAUCAAAACGAACUAUUGCAAGAAACCUUGGGACCUAUGCCUAAUUUAAAAGAAUUAAUGUAUAAUGUGAGUUUGGGUUUACUCACAUCACAUCCUAGUUUUAGUCAACCACUUCCCCUAACUAAGAACAUGAAAGAAAUUGGUGGAUUUCACGUAUCUCCCAAUAAAGAACUUCCAAACCACUUACAGGAAUUUUUGGAUGCUGCAAACAAAGGGGCAAUCCUUUUUACAACCGGUUCUAUUAUCAAAUGCUCAUCUAUGACUCACGUAAAGAGACAAUAUAUCCUAGAUGCUUUUAUCAAGCUAGAGCAAAAAGUUUUGUGGAAGUGUGACAAAGUAUUGCCUGGUAAACCAGACCAGAUUAAAAGUCAAUAUUGGUUACCACAACAGGACAUUCUCGCUCAUCCCAAUAUAAAACUCUUCAUAAGCCAUUGUGGACUUUUAAGUUUGACGGAAGCAGUACACCAUGGAGUACCGAUACUUUGCCUUCCUGUUUAUUUCGAUCAGUUCCAGAAUGCCGAUUUUGCUGUCAAAAAUGGCUUUGGUUUAAAAAUAGAGUUUAAAGAUUUAACCACGAAUGAGUUAUACAAUGCCAUACAAGAGUUACUUUCGAAUAACAGUUACAAAGAAAAUGCAUUGAAGAGAUCCAAAAUUCUACAUGAUGAGCCAGUAAGUCCAAGAGAGUCAGCAGUUUUUUGGUUGGAGUAUGUCAUGAAGCACAAAGAAGCUGAUCAUUUGCGUUCACCGGAAUUGAAUCUUAAUUGGAAACAAUUGUAUUUUAUAGACGUUAUAGCACUUCUACUUUUAUGGGUUAUGAUGCUGGUAGUCUUGUUUAAUAGAGUUUAUUAUAUAUUAAAAGAUAGCAUGAGGAAUAAUGUCACAAGUAAAAGUAAAAAUGAAUAGAAUAAUUUAUUUAAAUGUACUGUUGCAUAAUGUAGACCAGGUGAUUUGAAUGUGAUAUUUUUUGUCGUUGUGUGAGAGAAUAGCUCGUUUUUUUAACGUAAUUUAACGUAUGUAAUUGUAUCGACAAUUGUUCGAACCAUGUGCAAUAUGCAGCUUGCCAAUUAUUUAAAUCGAUAUGGCACGUACUAUGUAAUUUAAAGUAUUAACAAUAAUUUUGCAUUUUAUAUUUUUUUCUGGAAACAACCUGUUUGGGUACUUAACCAUUUUUUUUAUUAUUUCAACUCAAAUAUUAAAAUAUGUUGAAAAUG